AUGGGUGGCAAUGCGAAAGAUGCCUGGACUGCUCGUAGCAGAAAGCUGGACGAGCGUAAGCUCAGCAACAUCUAUCCUGCUACCAAAGUCAGAAAGACCACUAGUUGGCGAAACUCAAAAGCAGAGUCUCCUUCUGACGAGAAGGCAGCACCGCGUACUGCAAAGAUUGGUGUUUCUGAGCAUCAAGCGCUGCGGCCACAGCCUGCAGAACAGCCUCGGGAAGCACGACUAGGGAGGGGCACGUCUCUGAAAUUGCCUCUGCAGGAGUGCAUCUCCAAAAAGGAUCAGCACAUUGCAUUGGCCAUCGGAAAGGUGUCAGAGAGCUCAAAAGAAGCUUUCAGCUUAUAUAGAGCUGACAAGAGAGGUCCUCCGGCUUCCCGAGUGUUACAACCUCAAGUUCCUUCCACGAGUGGUGGCAGGAGAAUGGGCGAAGCCUUUGGAAGUCAAUUUCAGGCAGACGAGGCAAUUGAGCAAGCGGUUGCUAAAGCUCGACCAGAAAGUGCCCUCCAGCCUGGCUAUGUGGACAGCGAUGUGACCACCGAGGACGAGAGUGGCGAAGCGGACGAUGACGAGGUCACUUGCAGUCUUGCUGAAUGGAGGGUGAAUGUGGGAAUGAGUCCUAAGAGGGGCCCUGAAGAAAGAGCCACCAAUAGAGGGUUGCCUGACUCCUGGCCAGGAUCGCCCCCGGCGCUAGACCCUCCAGCAGCACCAACGGGUAUUUUGGGCCAGCAUCAGAAAGCAGAGGUCGGAAAGGUCCAGAACGAACAGGCUCGCAAUGAGGAGAUUAGAGCGAAGCGGGUCGGACCCCCUUCUGACGCUGAGCAACGGCAGAAGAGGCAAAAGCUGGAAGCACGGAUGGAAAAUGGGGGUGUGGCAGCUGCUCUUUGUGAACCCCCCCCAAGCAUUGAGCCGCAAGCCGAACAUGCGCAAGAUCUGGGAGCUUCAGCGCGCCUUCGCUUAGGAGGCAAAGGAGCGGUUGCUCGUGAGGGCGCUAUAGUGGCAAUCACUUUGCCAGAGGUGGCACUCGGUGCCCUCCUGCCCGGGGGCCCCUCCAGCAGUCGUUCUAGCGAGGGGACCUCUCCCUUCCCCACACCAGUGAUUCAGUUCUUUGACCGGGUGAUGAGCGAGAGGGGGGGCGGAGUUGCAGGUGGAGAAGCAAGCGGGAGGGGCUCACAGGCAGGGAGGGAGGGACAUGCUGUUUUGCAACCGGAGGGGGUACUUGCACUAGAGAACCAACAAGGGAACCAGAAUAGCGAGAGCGAAGCUGAUGGGUUGCAGCAACAUCCAGCGCGAGGGGUCGGAGAUGCAGGCCAGGGGCAUGCGAACCUGCGAGGAACUGAGGCGCUGCUGCAUGAGUUUGACAGUGGGGCGCGUUUGGGGGAGGUUCCAGCGCAAAGUGAGGUUCGCCAGGGGGAAGGGGGGCAACCGGGACUGACCCGCCGAGAUUCUAUCUACUCGCCAGGGGACGAUUUUUGGAGCGAAGCUCUGGCAAUUGCGGCAGCUUUGGAGGUCCAGAAAGAACGAGGGGGUCCGAAUAAGGCGGGGAACUCGGGGGAGGGUCAGGAGGGGCGUGGAGCUGCUGCAGGAAGCGGACUUUUACAGGCAAUUGGGCCCCCUGACAAGGGGGGACCUCUGGAAACUGGAGACAGACUCGUUCGGGGUGGAGCGCAGGGGCUUCAGACUGCAAUCCCGAACCGCGGACUCCCCCAUAUACACGUUGCAGAGCCAGAGGACGCCCUUGAGCCGCCCAAUAGUCAGUCGCCCCUCCCUGUCCGCCAGCUAGCUUUCACCCCCCCGGAGCAAUCCUUGGACCAAGCCUCGUCACUUCAACCCCCUCUCGGCGGCCCAGUUCCCUUGCACUCCAGUCAAAGAGCAGAGCGCGAAGAGCUUCCUCGCCCGCCUAAAGAUUCCGCGGCCGCAGCAGCCGCCGCAGCCUUGCUUGCGCCCGCUAUAGACCUCCCAAGGCAGCUAAACCACAGCCUCUCCAAAGCCCGCACUCCACUCAACUCCCUCGCCACAUGCGCCCUGCAAACCGGCCCGAGCCCGGACCUCACGUUUCAAACUUUAGCCGAAGGAUUGCACGACACGAUCGAGGAGUCGGACUCGCAUGCGGAGGACUCCAUCUCCCAAUUCGAGACGCAGCCAGAGUCGAGCCCAGAAGAUGGCGGCGAGUUGCACGGAGUCGCAGAGGGGGGCCUUGUUUUUGGGGCGGUGGAAAUGGCGCAGCCGACGGACAUGGUGCAACAGGGCGCGCAGCCACUCGCGCAGGGCCUUGUACGCACGGACGUCGAACCUUUGGGGUUCCCUGUAGAACCUGCUGCUGUCAGCGCGGAAGCGAACCGUUUGGAAGAACCGUUCCACCGAAGAGGCCCCCCAAGAUACUUUCCGGAGCAUGGGGCUGGACCUGGUUCGCAGUUCUACGAGCGGUUUCCGGUCGGGGAUGUUUCUCAAAGCCGAGGAGGUCCGGAUGAUAUGCAGGCACAAGAAGCUGCUCUCGAUCCCAGGCACUCCGUGGCAGCUAUCGGGAUGCUUUCUACAGCGCCGAUAGGCUCGUCUGCUGGGGGCGCAAACCCAGGUGUAAACGGAGGGGUUAACAAGUCUAGCCAAGCUCAGAACGGACGGCCGGUUCAGCACGCCGAGGGGAAGGUGCAGGAGGGGCUGGGCGGGCUGGCAAAGGAGGGCGGUGGAGCUGAGGGAGACGGUGGGUUUGGCGGUCAAGCUGGGGGUAAGAGGGCCAGUCACGCAAGGGAAGAGGCCCAAGUCGGGGUUUUGGAGGCCCACGUCCGGGUUUCGGACAGCCAGUUUCGGAGAGGGGGUGUCGACGGACAAGGAGCGGCUGGCAAUGUCGGCCCAGAGGAAACGCGCAGUGAGAAUACGCCCCCACAUCCAGGCGCUGAAUCGGACAAAGGGAUUCGUCCGGAGGAAACAGUGGAGUCUGCAGCGGAUGGGGUGAAUGGUCCCCACCCACUCGAGGACUCAGAAGACCCGAUAGAAUGCUCACUGGCCAGCCAAGCGGAACCCUCAGGACAGCUGAACCCCUCUCGGAAAGCAUUGGGAGCACGCGCAGGUAAGCCUGGGGGGAGCCAGCGAACCGCUGGUCGAGUGGGGCCAUUCGCACCGCUCAGCUCGCCCUUCAGUCCCCGUCCCGCCGCUCGCAAACCCGCACCUGAGCCCGGAGCCAACCAACCGGUGACAGCUGGCGCGUCAGGGGAGCAGCCACGUGGCACCUCACGGGAGCCCGUAAGAACCCCGGCAGGGCCGUCUUCACAACAGCAGGGGGCGGGUUUACACCCUGAGGGAGGCACGCCGACUCAGCCGCUGUCCUUGACGACUCCCGGGGGGGCACCUGGACGGGUCUCGGAGGGGGGGGACAGCGAGCCCGCGAGUUGCGAGCUGCGGAACUACCUUCCGGCGGAGGUGUGUGCGGUGUAUGCGAGCAAGGGCGUUGGGAGGAUGUACCAGUGGCAGGCAGACGCGCUGAGCCUGGAGGACGUGAUGCGAGGCAAGAGCCUAGUAUUCUGCGCAUCAACGAGCGCCGGCAAGAGUCUGGUCGCCGAAGUGCUCAUGAUCCGGCGAACCCUCGCCACGGAGAAGAAGGCAGUUCUCGUGCUGCCCUACGUGGCGCUCUGCGCGGAAAAGGCUGACCAGCUCGAGAAAGUCUUGGAGCCGUUGGGGCGGCGGGUGCGGGGCUUCUAUGGCUCGAAGGGCGGGGGAAGCAUUCCCCCGGACACGGCCGUCGCUGUCUGCACCAUUGAGAAAGCGAAUAUCCUGCUAAACAAGAUUCUCGAGGACGGCAAGCUGUCCGAGAUCGGCAUCGUCGUUAUCGACGAACUUCACAUGGUGGGCGAUGAAGACCGGGGCUACCUCCUGGAGCUCCUCCUCACGAAGCUGCGUUUCGCCGCCGGCGGGGGGGUGAAAGUGGCCCUGCCGCCGACCCCCCUGUUGGCGGGGGCGCCGAGCACCUCAAACCAUACCCCGGGGGGGACGCAGACGGCGUCUGACGGAACCAGUCAGAGUAGCACCCCGUCACAGGAGCCCGGAUUGCAGAUCGUGGGCAUGAGCGCAACGAUGCCGAACGUGGAGGCGGUUGCGCAGUGGCUGGAUGCGGCGCUGUAUAAGACGGACUUUCGGCCGGUCCCACUCGAGGAGUUUGUCAAGACGGAGAGCUUGAUAUACGACAAGCACAUGCGGCCGGUGCGCAGCCUCCCGGUGGGCGCGUCGCGUGAAGGGAAGGACCAAGACCACUUGGUCGAGCUGUGCGACGAGGUCGUCAGGGACGGCCACAGCUGUCUCAUCUUCUGUGCCACCAAGAAGAGUUGCGAGGUCACGGCUAAGCACGUGGCCAAACUAUUGCCCCGACGGGCGAUUUCCCAGCACGAAGCGGAGCUCGCGGCCACUGUUGAGGAGCUGAGCCGCAACACGACGGGAGCUGACGUGGUGCUCGCAGAGACACUCCCGAAUGGAGUAGCGUACCAUCAUGCGGGACUGACGUCGGAGGAACGCGAGAUCGUGGAGGGCCUUUACCGCAAGGGCGCCGUCAAAGUGCUGGCCGCGACCUCCACGCUUGCAGCCGGUGUCAACCUCCCCGCCCGGAGGGUCAUCUUUCGGGCGCCAAAAGUGGGGAUCGACUACAUCAACGGAGUGCAGUACCGGCAGAUGUCCGGGCGGGCGGGCCGCGCGGGGAUCGACACAAAGGGAGAGAGUAUUCUCAUGUGCACGGUCAACGAGCAAUCGCGGGUGCGAGCGCUCCUCGAGUCCGGGUGCCAACCGCUCGUGAGCUGCCUCACGGAGGACAGCCGGGGGAUGACACGUGCCCUCCUGGAAGUGGUCGCCGCCGGGAUUGUCCAGACGCCGCCCGACGUCCAGCGCUACAUCAGGUGCACGCUUCUGGCGACCACCCGCCCUACGGAGGAGGUCUCCAAGGUCGCACUCGCGUCUCUCAAAUGGCUGGGCGCCCACAACUUCAUCGAAUGGGAGAGCACCUCGGAAGACGGCAAACGCGGAACUUACUCCCCCACCCCGCUCGGCCGCGCCGCCUUCGGGAGCUCGUUAACACCGGAAGAGUCCCUGAUCGUGUUUACGGAUCUUGCGCGGGCCCGCGAGGCGUUCGUCAUGGCCACGGAGCUGCACACGGUAUACCUGGUGACGCCGGUUUACAUCGACGUGGCGCCCCCGGAUUGGCAGCACUUUGCGCGCACGUUCUGGCAGAUGACUGGGUUGGAGCAGAACGUGGGCACGCGCGUGGGGAUCGAGGAGAGCUUCCUGCACAAGCUCGCGUCGGGCGUCCUGCAAAUCCCGAGAAGCAACCCAGUCACCGGCCGCCACGUGGCGCGCAUCGGCGCCUCCCCCAAGAAGAGCCUGCUCGCCACGGGCGCAACGGCGGCCGCCGCGCGCAAAGCCAAGGAAGAAGACCAGAAGCGCAUCUGCCAGCGUUUCUACGCCGCUCUAGUUCUCUCCAAGCUGUCGCAAGAGAUGCCGCUUACCGAGGUCGCGCAGUGGUCUGGUUUGCCGAAGGGGACGAUCCAGGGGCUCCAAGACGCGGCGGGGCGGUUCUCGGUGCUCGCCCUCUUCACCCAGUUCCAUUCGCGGGUCAGCUUCGGCGUCAAGGCCGAGUGCAUCGAACUCACCGAGAUUCCCAAUGUCCGCUCCGCCCGCGCGCGCGCGCUCUUCAAGGCAGGGCUUCGGACGCCCCAAGCGGUCGCUGAAGCGUCCGUAGAGGAGAUUGCAUCCGCACUUGCGGCCGGGGGAGGAGCGGGCAGCCGGGGGUUGCACCUGGCGACAGCGAAGAAGAUCCGAGUCGGCGCCCGUCAGAUCGUCGUUGAGAAGGCGAAGGACGCAGCGGCCGCCAUGUUCUCGAACCUGAGCGCGAUCGGCAUGAAGGUGUCGCAGCGUCAGAUCCUGCCACUUGUCAGUCAGGAGACGCUACUCCAGGCCGAACCCCUCCCGUCACCACUCGCAGCAGAGGCGACGCCAAAUGAGAAACCGGCGCCCGGGCCCCCUGGUACUAUUUCCGCAGAGGCACCCCUGUCUAACCUUGGGGGUGCAAGACCGCAGCUCCAGUCCCCGAAUGAGAAAGAGCCCACCGGAGAGUUUACAAGGCCUCUCCACAGGCCGGGAAAGGAGCCUGUAGACAUGGACAUUGAUGAGGGCCCUGUAAACGACGGGGUUGCGUGGAGCAACCAGCCCGCAAGCGGUGUGCUGGUCAAUCGGCCCCAGUUUACAAGGCCUGAAACUGCACAAAGUAACCUCGGAGCCAGUCAUUCAGUGCGCCCGCAAGUAGAUGACCCUAGGAGUAAUCCCAGACAGGCCGCAAUGCAGACUGAAACGCGAGGGUUAAGCAGGUUCUCCGACGAGCAGCAGUCGAAUAGAAACGGAGCGCUCGUUCCGGCCUUGCACAACGGAAUGCCUCCCCCUCCCGCUGCCGGCAUUUGUUUCUCAGUUCACGCGAACCGGUCGCCUGAGCCACUCCGUUUACCCCCCCAUUCUGGCCCGGUGGACGUUGACAAGCUCCCCGGGGGUUUUGACGCCUUUUACGACCACUGGGCAUCCGCCGAAGAGUUUGCAUACGAGCUCCACAUAAGCGGGCAGGAGAAGGCGAAGGCGGAGGGGGGGCCGUGGGAGAUCGAGGGGCUCGCGGUUGCCUGGGAGGGAUCCCCCGUGUUCUACGUUUCUCUAGCGCGCGCACCGAAAGCGCGCCUUAAUGGGGGUUCGCUCGAGAUUUCAAAGACCCUGGAAAGCGAGGGGGGGGACUUGGCGGGGGGGGACCGGAGACGGCUCGCCGUGGAGCAACGCUGGCAGACGGUCAGGGGGGUGUUCGAGAAACGGGGGGUGCGGAAAGUUUCCUGGGACGUCAAAGAACAGCUCUUGGCGUUCGGAAACGCGAUCGUGGCCACCGGAAAGGAGGCGGCUGGCAGCCCGGUCAAGGAGGCGGUUAACGGCCCGGUUAAGGAGGGGGUUAGGGGCCCGCUCGGGGAGCUGUGGGCGAAGCAGGGGGGGCAGAAGAAGUGGGUUAGGCUGCCGGGGAUUUGCCCGGCGGACCCGCUACUGGACGUCCGGAUUGCCAACUGGAUGCUGCUGCCGGACAAGGAGAGCGCCCGACGGGUUUCGCUCGAAACCCUGGUCAAGGAACGAAUCGACGCCGAAACGACGAUCGCUUUGAGCCGCGCCGGGCGUUGGGCUGACGAGCCGGGGAGCCACUCCCGUGUGGCGGCCAACGGGUGCUGCCGGAGGGUUGCCCAGGUCGCCGCUCUGUGGACCUGGGUUAAGGGCAAGUUAAGCGGGGAGGGUUUGCUUGACCCGCUGGGAAGCGUGGAGAUGCCGCUGGUGCGCGUGCUGGGCGACAUGGAGAAGUGGGGGAUAGUGUUCGACUCGGCGGCCUGCCGGCGUUACAAGGGGCCGGUGGUUGAGAAGCUGCGCAUUCUAGAGGGCCGCGCGCGCCAGCUGGUGGGCUGGCCCGAGUUCAACCUGUACUCGCCCCAAGACGUUUCGGAGGUCCUCUUCCAAAGGUUACAACUGCCCGUGCCUCCCGGAACGAAGCGGAGUCCACGCCACAUCAGCACAGACAAGAGCGUUCUCCAAGCUCUGAGAGACCAGCACCCCGUGAUAGAGCUCAUUCUGGAGCACCGCACCCUCGCCAAGCUCCUCAAGUCGACGAUCGAAGCGCUCCUCCAAGAGGCCAAAACCGCACGGAGCUUUGGACCGGAUGCGGACGGCCUUGGCUGCGACGCGGACGCUUUCGGACGCCGUUCAGACGGUUCCGGUCGGACUCCGGACGGCCUCAGACGGGGUGCGGACGGCAACGGACGGGUUGCGAACGGUGACGGACGGGGUAUGGACGAAUUUGGACGGAGUACGGACGGUUCGGGACGGAAGUCGGACGGCUUCCGGCGGGUUUCAGGGGCGUCCGAGAGGGGCGGAAGGGCGCCCCGGCUGCAAAAGAUCUACGGGACGUGGCUCCACACGGCAGCGGCAACUGGGCGGCUCGCGAUGGAGGAUCCGAGCCUGCAGUGCAUUCAGCACAGCAUCUCGUUCUCGCUUGAAACGGAUUCCGCCCGGCGGAGGUUGGGCGGAGCGUCGGAACAGCGGAACCGGAACGAGGGGACGAGCGACGGCAUGACGACGAAAGCAGGUAGCAGAGAUCAGACGCUCGCAGCGUUCGGGGCUGCGCAGCGGCGCAAGAGCGGGACGCAACUGGGCGGAACCGAAGCUAGGACUGACGUAGGACGGACAGGCACCGCACAUAACGGAACGGAAACGGAACGGAACCAGACGGACGGCGACCGGGAGAUCUCGCGCCGGCUGAGCGGGGGCCACACCCGGCGCGUCGAGGUCAACAUCCGGAGCGUCUUUGUGCCGACGUCACACAGCUGGGCGCUGAUGUCAGCGGACUACGCGCAGGUAGAGAUUCGAAUGAUGGCGCACUUUUCAGGAGAUGCGGGGCUAGUGGCUCUGCUUUCGACACCUGGCGGGGACCUGUUCCGCAUGAUUGCGGCCAAGUGGGCGAGCAUUGAUGAGGCGGAGGUGCUGCCGAAGCAGAGGGAGGCCGCCAAGCACCUUACCUACGGCAUCCUGUACGGUAUGGGCGUCGAAGCGCUUGCGGAAAAGCUGGGCGUCUCCAGCAAGGAGGCGGCCACGUAUAGAACCGGGUUCUUGACCGCCUUCCCCGGAGUCACCAAGUGGAUCGAUUCUACACAGAGGGCGUGCCAGGCCAAGGGCUACGUCUCCACGCUGAGCGGGCGGCGGCGCUAUUUGGAGCACAUCAACAACGGGGGCCGGCAAAAAGCCAGGGCCGAAAGACAGGCAGUCAAUUCCGUGUGCCAGGGCUCUGCGGCGGACCUGAUCAAGCUGGCCAUGAUCAACGUGCACGGACACAUGACCGGACGCGCGAGCACCGUGUCCGAAACCCUAACCCCUCCCAACGGCUCGCUCGUUGGCAAGUGCCGGCUCCUCCUCCAGAUCCACGACGAACUGUUGCUCGAAGUCGAAGAGAGCGCGCUGCGGGAAGUGGCGCGCAUGGUGCGGUCGUCGAUGGAGAACGUGGUAACGCUGGCAGUGCCCCUCCAAGUCAAACUCCAGGUCGGCCCAUCGUGGGGCCAGCUCCAAGCCUAUGACGAAAGGCUGACGUCACACGCUCUGCCAACCCAAUUGACCCAGGCGGCCCGCGGCAUUCACGGGACACCCAUGGAAACCGACUGUAGCCCAAUCAGAAGAGGAGGGUAGGAUAGGGUAGUAACGAUAUGUUAAACGGACACAGGACCUCGAUUGAGUAGCAUAGUGAAGGUUUAAAAGGUCAAGGCGUGCUGUAGCGAUUUUUUGGAAUAGGGGUACUGACCCGUAGGGGUCAGCAGGAGAUCACCAGGCGGUGCGUCAAUCAAGCACCCGAAAGGUAUACAGAUGACAUAAGUGCGA